ACUAAUCCGACCCUACCACACCUCCACGCUCAGACGACGAUUGGCGUUGGAGCCACUCGGUCACUGCCGACGUUACAGAUUCGCACCGCCUUAUGAUCCGUUCAAUAAAAAUUAAACUAUCACGCAGUGGGCAAAUCGUCGAAGCCCUCUCACGUCACCUAUAAAUAAGCCCCACACCUCUCUGGUUUUCAGAAAAACAAAACGGCCAAUUAAGCAAAGCAGCAAUCAAAAUCCCUAGGGUUUUCGUUCCAAUCCAGUACCAAAUCGAUUUGAGAUCUCAAUUACCUCGCCGUCCGCCGGCUCGUUCAAUUUCGGUGUCGAUUCCCGAAUCUUAAGGUUUCCGCGAAGGUUGAUAGCCAUCACCUGGUCCUCUGAAGAGUGCCUAACAAUUUCGCAUAUUUUUCGUUUUGGUAGCAGGUUGGUUGUACUGAGGCCUAUUUGCAAUUUUGUUUCGAAGUGAAAAAUCGAAGCUUGAUUUGGAAGAGAUGGGGUAUAUUGGGGCACAUGGUGUGGCUGCUUUGCAUAAAUACAAGUACAGUGGCGUGGAUCACUCUUACACUGCCAAAUAUGUCUUGCAACCCUUUUGGAGUAGCUUCGUUAAAAUCUUUCCCCUUUGGAUGCCGCCCAACAUGAUAACUCUAAUAGGAUUCAUGUUCUUGCUCACAUCCGCUCUGCUUGGCUAUAUAUAUUCACCACGACUGGAUUCAGCUCCUCCUAGAUGGGUUAAUUUCGCUCAUGGAUUGCUACUUUUCUUAUACCAGACCUUUGAUGCCGUUGAUGGGAAACAAGCAAGACGGACAAAUUCCUCGAGUCCACUGGGGGAACUUUUCGACCAUGGUUGUGAUGCCCUUGCGUGUGCAUUCGAAGCAUUGGCCUUUGGAAGUACUGCAAUGUUUGGAAGAUCUACUUUCUGGUUCUGGGUGAUUUCAGCUGUUCCAUUUUACUUUGCUACUUGGGAGUUUUACUUUACCAAUACCCUAAUCCUUCCUGCUGUUAAUGGGCCCACGGAGGGUCUAAUGCUGAUAUAUUUGGCCCAUUUUUUCACAGCUAUCGUUGGUUCUGAGUGGUGGGCUCUACAAUUUGGAAAGUCUUUGCCUUUUCUGAGUUGGGUCCCCAUUCUUAGUGAAAUCCCAACAAACAAAGCUGUGUUGUAUCUAAUGAUAGCUUUUGCUGUCAUCCCAACGCUCACAUUCAAUGUGUCCAAUGUUCAUAAGAUUGUUCAAGCAAGGAAAGCAAGUAUGCUUUUGGCACUGGCAAUGAUUUACCCUUUUGUAGUCCUUUUGGUUGGAGUUUUGGCAUGGGGUUACUUGUCACCAGCUGACAUUAUGGGGAACUAUCCACAUUUAGUCGUUGUGGGAAGUGGGCUUGCUUUUGGGUACCUUGUGGGAAGAUUGAUUCUUGCGCACUUGUGUGAUGAGCCAAAGGGUUUGAAAACUGGAAUGUGCAUGUCAUUGUUGUAUCUCCCAUUUGCCAUUGCAAAUGCACUCACAGCUAAACUGAACGAUGGAGUUCCUUUGGUUGAUGAGAGCUGGGUUCUUCUUGGUUACUGUGCAUUUACAGCGACACUCUAUCUUCACUUUGCAACAUCAGUUGUUCACGAGAUCACAACAGCCUUGGGAAUCUAUUGCUUUAGGGUAACUAGGAAGGAAGCUUGAGUGAUGCUGGUGUCAACUUCAGGGUACCUUUUAUUCUCGGUUCAUGUAUUGUUUCGAUAAAUAGAACAUUUGCCUGUUUUCGAUCCAAAAUGUAGUUUUAUGUAUACAUGACAAGGAAUGUAAGCAAACAAUGACGACUAAUGUGACAAUACAUGAUACUGAA